CGACAACUCACAGCUACGUUUGAAACGUUCUGUUCGAACACCCGACGCUUAAGUCAGUAUACUGGUUACCACAAAUCUACCCCAGCUAACGGCGAAAAUCAAGAUGUCGUCUGUUGAAAAUCAUUUAAAUAAGCUCGCAUUUACCAUGAAGGAUGUACCGGUAAACAUGCGGUUGUUUUCCCUCUGUAUGAGAUCUCUCUAUGCGGAAAAAGCGCUUGGCGAAUCGUCAGAUACCGCAAAGAAGAUCAACAAGAUACGAGAUGACACCAGGAAAGAUGCCUUGGUCUAUGUCAAAUAUGUUCUGCCAGCAUCUACUGAGUUGGUGAGAAACCUCAAAGAGUUCUUCGAGUAUUACGAAAAUCUUAGUCUUGAGGACUGGAGAGAAUAUCUCCCUCGCAUCUUGGAGGAAGUAAGAGGCUACAAGCAAUGCUGUGUGGAAAUUAUCAACCUGCAUGAGAAAAUUAUGAUCCCAUUAAAGAAGAGAGAGGAUGAAGCAAAGGUACUCAUUGAAGAACUAAAGAACUUGACGGAGGUAUUAAAGAGGAAAAAAGCAGAACUUGAAAAGUCUGCUUCUACCAAAAAAUCCUGGGCGACUUGGCUUGCUUUUGUUCCAGGUGUAGAUGCAAUUGCAGUACCAUUACUAAAAAUGAGGGCUGAUAGUGAUUUGGCGGAGUCGGUGGCGAAAGAAGCUCAAUGCUCUAUCAAUGAGUCAUCAAUUGUUGUGGUGAGUAAGACCAUGAUUCCGGCUCUAGCGGCAUUCAUUGAGGGUUUGGAGGGUAUCGCUGGUUUUUUCCAAGUUGUUGAACAAGAGAUCACUACAUUUCAAAACAAAGGGGAAAAGGCUUUGGAGAAACCCAUAGAGAUGCACUACAAGAUGAUGGAAAGUAAAGCAAAGGAGAUUAAGCAACGUUGUACAGAGUUCUUCGCCAUGAUACCUGGGGUAAGAACCGACUUUCUUUGCAUUCCAGAGACUGGAAGGGAUAAGAAUUACGUCGAGAUAUGGCUGAAAAAACAACAGGAGGAGAUCGAAAAGAGGUACGCAAAAAGUUUUACUGGACAGUUAAGAAAACUGUUGACGAAUUUAUCAACCGAUGAAGGGGAAAAGCUAAUGACUAAAGGAAAGGAUUAGACAAACUUCACACAGAAAAUUGGUUAUGGUGUUCGUUUCUGCUUACAUAAUAACAUUACCUUCAUUUUUGUAAUUAAUGAUAGUGUAUAACCUUCAUUAGGAAUCUAAAUAAUCGUUGUUCACUUUUUACUCCUAGAGACUUUCGUCUGCAUGGAAAAUUUAAUAAUUAAUAUAAUUUUAAUUUGAUCCUGCGUGUUGAUUGUAAACAUAAUUGAGACACAUUUGCAAUAUUUGGUUAAGUAGUUUUUAGGUAACUGCUGCAUUUAUCUUUGGCUAAAUCCUCUGUAAAUUAAAGGUAGAUUGUGGAUCGCUGUUCUUCAGUUAUCCAAUUCUAAAACCUGUUUUUUCUUAAAAUGUUUUGAGGCAUGUAAAAUUGUUUUAUUUUAUACAUAUAAUGCCUCUCUAGGACUUAUCGCACAUGGAAACCUCUAACUCUUCUACACUCUGCAAACUUUGGACCAGUGGUGAGGCGGUAGGAGUGCCGGGGACUGGGCCUCAACUGGCCCCGGUGACAAGCAUCUGAUAAACAAAUAACCACCCAUCCGCUAAAGCCGACCUUGCAGGGCCCAGUGAAGCGGCUAUAGUAUUGAUAUUAAACUUGCAGUCACUAAACCAGACGGAUCCCAUGUACUCUUUAGGGCCCAUCUUGAUAUCCAGACGAGCCCCUUCUUUAAUCUGCCGAGUCUGGCUUCUCUCCACAACUUAGUAUUAUAUUAAGGCAGUCAGUCCAGCCAAUGUACGUCAAAUGACCCCAUACACUGUUUAAAGCCCCUUGGAAUCAUCAAAUGGAUUCUUGAAUUGAAUAGGAAGUCGGACCCACUCAAAAAAUAGAAAAAUUUAAUUGAUAGUCCGUACUUUUUGUGACCCUUGCUAUUCAUCUUGACAAUUAAUGGGCCCACAAAAUGGGUACUAAAUAUAUAAUAUAAAUCAAGAGUGUAUUUCUGCCAUCUCGUGGCGCAAUGGUCGGGGGUGGGGCAGUGUAAGUCGUGAAGGAUAGGAGUUUUUGUGUUAGACAUGGCUCGACCGUGUGACCAGUCUGGCAGCAGAGUUCUUAAUUCGCAGCAGCCCCCAUCGCAUGAUGAACCAUAAUGUAAAGAACAAGUAAUCAAUAUAAAAGUCAGAUAUAUCCGAAUUUGAUUUAUUUGUAAACUUAAAGGAAGGUAUAUGAAGCUUGAUAUAGUGUAUCCUACAAUCAUGUGUAUAUAGAACGGAUGAAUUUCCCCAAAUAUCACACCAAUAUAAGCAAACAUGAAGUUAUCUUCGAACUCAUGGUUUGUUAAGCUGCCUCUUUUGUUACAAUUCAGAAAGAAUUGUAUAAGGAUUAAGAAGAAAUGUAAGUAAUUACAGUUACUAUUACAAUGUAAUUCCUUAGUUGUAAAGGUACUCUAUUAGCUCAUACUGAAUACUGUAGUAAAAUAAAUUAGAUAUGCUUUUCUAAUUGUUAUGGCUUGAUUAACAAUUGAUUGAAGUCUAAUUGUUGAAUUAGAUGCACAUAUGAAUACAGAAGGUGUUCUACUUAAAAUAUUCUAAUGUCUAUUUAUAUUCUUUAGUUAGUAUUUCUAUUAUAUUUAGUCUGCAUUUUAUUAAGCAUUACUUUACCUAUAGUAUUGGUAUAAGUAACCUAUUGUAAUCUCAUAAGAUAAUAAGGAUUACAUGUGUGGCUGGUUUAAGAUGGCCGCCAUUAGUAUUGUAUUAAGAUUUAAUGAUUAGGAAAGCUCACCAUAUGGUGGCGCUGUUUUAUACUUUCCAAUAGGUGGCGCUGUUUGUUAUUGUUUGAUGGUGCCCAAUAGGUGGCGUCCCAUAUCUUAGAUCAGGUGACAUGAAUAUUAAUUACGUGUUUAUGUUCUCAUAUUUUUAUGUUUAUUAUGUCUUACACUAUGUCAUUAUUACUUCUAUAGAUUAUAUUAACUACUCUACGUAUAUGGUAAAUCCUGAACAGAAUACACUGUGUAAUUGCCACAAACUGGUGAGUGGUUAUAAUUAAGUGACCAUUAUAUUUAAGCUAUUUUAUAUUAUCCUUUUUAUGUAACCGAAUACUAUGUUGAAUAUUAUAAACACUAGAAUGAUGUCAUGUAAUGUGGUUAUCAUAAUUGACUAUGCACGGAUCUUCUGUUUACGAUUACAUUUAGCACAGUCUCAAGUGCUCUGGUGUUGAUGUUAAACUGUACUAUGAUGUUAAAUUGUAAAAUGUUAGAUUAAUUAAUGAUUUCUAUGCCUAUGGUAUUUGUAUGGGCAGGUGGUGUUAUUUUGAUAUAUCUCUUUUACAGAGGCUGUUUACUAGAUGCUGUUUUUUACAUAAAUAAAUACGAGUGAACUUUAUUUGAGAUGUACUGUCUGUUAUUGACGUGUCGACCGCUACCCCACACUUUAUAGCUUGGGAGGCCAACUACAGCCUGUCCCAG